AUGGUUGACCUCAAUUUGCCGGAGGCGCCAGUGCCGGUCUGGCUGGACUGCGACCCUGGCCACGAUGACACAUUCGCCAUUCUCCUAGCCGCCUACCACCCGACCAUCAAGCUGCUGGGCGUCUCAACCGUAUUCGGAAAUGCUCCCCUAGUAAAGACAACAAACAAUGCCACCUCCAUUCUCACAGCCAUCGGCAAGCACAAUGACGUCCCCGUGUACGUCGGCGCCGCCAAGCCCAUGAACCGCCCGCCCAUGCAGGCUGCCACGGACAUCCACGGUGAAUCCGGCCUGGACGGCACCGACCUGCUGCCGAAGCCCUCCAAGGACGCCGACCGCACCGUCCCCGCCGUUGACGCCAUGGCCGCUGCUCUCGGGGCCCAGCCCGCCGGCACCGCCUGGCUUGUCGCCACGGGCUCCCUGACCAACGUCGCCCUUCUCUUCCAGAAGCACCCGGAGCUCGUCGCCCACAUCAAGGGGCUCAGCAUCAUGGGCGGCGCCAUCGGCGACGGCUUCACCGACAUCGUCCUCGGCGUCGUCGACGGCGUGCCGCGCAUCGGCAACUGGACCCCCUGGGCCGAGUUCAACAUCAUCAUCGACCCGGACGCCGCCGCCAGCGUGUUCCACAACAAGGCCCUCGCCGCCAAGACCACGCUCGUGCCGCUCGACCUGUCGCAUCAGGUGCUCGCUACGGAGGAGGUGCGGGAGCUGCUGCUCUACGGCAAGGAUGGCAGCGAGAAGACGGGCAGGGGCAAGACCACGCUGCGGCAGAUGCUGGUCGAGCUGCUCAUGUUCUUCGCCAAGACGUACAGCGACGUGUUCGGCAUCACCGCCGGCCCGCCGCUGCACGACCCGCUCGCCGUGGCCGCCGUGCUCACGGGCACCAAGCACGAGAUCCCCUUCCACGACUACGACACCAAGAAGGGCAACAGCGUAAAGUACCACGAGCGCUUCGAGCUGACCGUCGUCACCGAGGGCGACCUCGAGGAGGCCAAGGCCGGCCGGUCGCAGCUCGGCCGCACCGUCGCGAAGCCGCUGCCGCCGGGCAGCGAGGGCGUGCGGAUACCCCGCGGCCUCGACAUCCCCAUGUUCUGGCGGGUCAUUGAGGAGUGCACGGAGCGGGCGGACCGGGUCAACGCCGGCGAGGUGGCGGGCCUGAAGCAGAACGGAGCGCUGGAGAACUGA